GGAGAAUUAACGUGUACCUUCCAGUAAAUUUCGGCUGCUGAUGAAUCAUCGAGCGACACACAAACAACGCAAACAAACCACAGCAGCGCACCACUCUCGACACCUGCCACAUCUCCUUGGUCCUCACGUUCAUUCAUCGACACGUUAUCAUCAUGCCACGAGGAGGAGACCCGAAGAAGCAGCUGCGAUCGCACCAGCGCGAGCUGCGGCAAGGGGAGCGCGAGCUGCAGCGAGAAAUCGCGCGCCUCGACCGCGAGGAACAGAAGCUGCAACAACAAAUCAAGGCGGCCGCCAAGAAGGGCGACGAAUACACAGCAAAGGCGCUUGCGAAACAGCUGGUGCAGCUGAGAAAGUCAAGAACACGACAGUACCAAGCCAAGGGCAACUUGGCAUCCGUCAGAUCGCAAGCAUCGACGAUGCAAGCGACAGCAACCAUGGCCAAGUCAAUGGGAACAGCAGCAAAGACGAUGCAAGCGAUGAAUGCGCACGUGAGCCCGCAAGAGAUUGCCAAGAUCAUGGGACAGUUUGAAGAGCAGACCACAAAGAUGGAGAUGGGCCAGGAAAUCAUGGAAGAUGCGUUGGAUGCGGCGUUUGACGACUCCGAUAUGGAGGAUGAGACGGAGGGCCUGGUCAACCAGGUGCUUGAUGAAGUUGGCCUCGACGUGUCCAGCGCGAUGAGCUCUGUGCCGUCGGCGUCGAUGCCCGCAAAAACAACAAAAGUGGACCAGGCAACAAAGGACGAGCAGGACUUGUUGGCGCGUCUUGCCUCGCUCAAAUAAACGUCACUUGAAAAGCCA